AUCAUCGUGAAGCAACGGGUAGCAAGAAGAGACAAAUUUGCUCAUAAGGAAAAACGCAAUUUUGUAAAUAAUAACUUAUGUUUGCCCAUCAGUAAUAAAUUGAUUACAUUCAAUAUGAACGGGUUGCAAUCCGUUCAAGUUAAUACUUUAAUGCACAUUAAUCAAUUGUUAUCAAUAGUAAUGAAGCGUGUCUGUAACUUCAUAUCCGUGCGACGCCUUUUUUCUUUUUUUUUAUUGAGCUUUGACCCAUCACGACCACCGGCUGAGGUAAACGAGGGAGCUACUUUGCUCGCGACACGUUGCAACGACGCCAAAAUGUGCAAAAUCCAAAUGUUGAGAACGUUGGUGAAGCAUCUUCUAGAGAAUGCCGUCGAAGAGAUAGUUAAACUAUUUGAAAAGGCGAUAGUGGAGUAUGAGGAGGAACUUUCUCGAACCAAAAAGGAGAUCGAGCGACAACGCGACCUACUGGACGCUAUUCUCAACCCUCAAAAUCGACUGGACAGAGCAGAGGCCCAGGUUCAGGAGAUGUUGGUGACGACUCAAGAUGUGCAUGUUAAAGAAGAAGAAGAAGAGGACAUUCAGAGCAGACAAGAAGGGAAGGCUGACGUCACCACGGGCACAAUGACUCUUGUCUUUGUGAAGAGUGAAGAUAACAAAGCUCAGAUCUCACAGGUUCAGCACAGUGAGGAGAACAGAGACAGUAGCUCAAGUCAACACCGUGGAGACAACUCUGCCGAGACCCCAUCCGCGACCCACAACCUGUUGGGUGACCUCCAGGUCAAGCAGGCGUUGGUGACGGGUCAAGCUGUGCAAGUUAAAGAAGAAGAAGACAUGGAGAGCAGACAGGACGUGGAGGCUGACGUCUUUGUGAAGCGUGAAGAUAACGAAGCUCAGCGUCAUCACGGUGAGGAGAACAGAGACACUAGCUCAAGUCAACGCAGUGGAGCAUUGCAACCAGAUUCUGGUCCACCAUCAGAUUUGGACGACGGAAUGUCCCACCAUUCUGAUGCCGAGACAACUAUUACCGAUGUGAGCUCUAACGGUGAUAUCAGUCCAACGAUCUCCUCCGAACGCGGGGAAACGUCGGAAAUGACCACCGGUGUGUUGUCGCACGCAGACAAGAAGCUUUUUAAGUGUUCCCUAUGCGAUAAAGGGUUCACCAGGAGGGUAUACAUGAUGGCUCACCAAAAGGCACACUCCAAAGGGAAGCCUUUCACCUGCUCCAUAUGCGCAAAAGGCUUCUUAUUGAAAUCACAGUUGCGGACGCACAGCAGGUCACACACCGGGGAGAGACCUUUCACCUGCUCGGCGUGCGCCAAAUCUUUCCUUUCAAACGGACAGUUGCGGAUGCACGCCAGGAUACACACCGGGGAGAGACCUUUCACCUGCUCGGUGUGUUCGAAAUGUUUCCUCACGAGAUCCCAUUUGCAGAGGCACUCCAAGAUACACUCUGGGGAGAGACCCUUAAGCUGUUCUGGGGAGAGACGCUUCAGGUGUAAAUUUUGCGACAAAAGCUACGUAAGAAAGUCAUACAUGGAGUUGCACAUGCUGGCGCACACGGGCGAAAAGCCUUUUGACUGUUCCGUCUGCGGCAGACGUUUCUCCACCAGGCAAUUUCUGAACUGCCACAUGAGAAAACAUACAGAGGGGCAACGUUUUACUUGCCCCGUGUGCUUUAAAGACUUCGCCAAUAAAGCUUACGUCGAGACACACGUGAAGACGCACACUGAGGAGAAACUGUUGAGCUGUGACACCUGUAAUGAAAAAUUCACAUUUAGGUCUCAGGUCCAGAGUCAUGUGUGUACUGGGAACAAAUAAAUACUCUUGUGUAUUUGUAACUUAAGUAUCACUUUGUAGUCUUAAUAAAUCGCUAUCACUGAAAA